GUAAAACCCCUAAAAUCUUGAUUUGGUUUGAAUAUGGCAACGCCGUCUAUGAAACAAAAAUAAUUUAGUAAAGGGCACGCAUUUAGCCACACGCAGCUGUUAACACAACUUCCCUUCCUGAUGUUAGCUUUGUUUAUUCAUGAUCAUGAAUAAACAAAGGUGUUAGAUUUUGUUUGACUACUAUAAGUUUGGAAGAAAGACAAAGUUCGUAAGACCGGUGGUGACUUAUUAAUUAACAAUAUUGUAGUACCUUUUGCCCAUUUAAUUGACCGUUGCGCCAAGCCAAAAGUAUGGACAGAGAUGAUGGUAUGCCACUUAAAAUUGAACCAAAACAGGAAAAAGAAAUUCAUUUCUCUCUUGAGGGAAAUAUUUUGGUGAGCAACGAUGCUUUGGUUGCAAUAAAAGAGGAAAUUACUACACUGGGUUCUAAAUCCCUUUUUGAUGAAGAAGUACAACAUUCUGACUUUCAUAGUGGUGUUUUAACUGGGUGUAAAAUUGUUUCUAAAGAUUAUGAGACAAAUUAUAAAAGCAAUUUUAAGUAUCUUUUAAAACAUACUUCAAAGGAUUUUAAAUGUGCUAAUUGUGAUUAUGUGACUAACGUUAGCCGCAACUUGAAACGACAUCUUUUAUUACAUAAAGUGUCCAAGGAUUUUAAAUGUGCUGAUUGUGAUUAUGGGACAAAUGUUAAAAGCAGAUUUAAACGACAUCUGUUGAAACAUAAAGUUUCUAAGGAUUUUAAAUGUGCUGUUUGUGAUUAUGGGACAAGUAAUAAACACUACUUGAAACGACAUCUUUUAAAACAUAAAGUUUUUAAGGAUUUUAAAUGUGCUGAUUGUGAUUAUAGGACAAAUGAUAAACAAGUCUUCAAACGACAUUUUCUAACACAUAACAUUUCUAAGGACUUGAAAUGUGGUAGUUGUGAUUAUGAGUCAAAUAGUAAACAUAACUUGAGAAGACAUCUUUUGACACAUAAAGUUCUUAAGGAUUUCAAAUGUGGUAAUUGUGAUUAUGAGACAAAUAAUAAACAUAAUUUGAGAAGACAUCUUUUGACACAUAAAGGUUUUAAGGAUUUCAAAUGCGGUAUUUGUGAUUAUGAGACAAGUAAUAAAGGCAACUUUAAACAACAUCUUCUAACACAUAAAGUUUCUAAGGAUUUAAAGUGUGGUAAUUGUAACUUUGAGACGAAUUUUAAAAAUGCUCUUAGAAAACACCUUUUAAUACAUCGAGUUUCAAACGAUUUUAAAUGUGCCCACUGUAAUUAUGGGACAUAUCAUAAAGGCAACUUUAAACAACAUCUUUUAACACAUACAGUUUCUAGGGAUUUUAAAUGUGAUAAUUGUGAUUAUGGGACAAAUGUUAAAAGCAGAUUUAAACGACAUCUGUUAAAACAUAAACUUUCUAAGAAUUUUAAAUGUGCUGUUUGUGAUUAUGGGACAAAUAUUAAAUACAACUUGAAACGACAUCUUUUAAAGCAUAAAGUUUCUAAGGGUUCUAAAUGUGGUAAGUAAUUGUGAUUGACACAA